AUGACAGAAAAUCAGAGGAUACAUCCAGUUGUGGACAUGGAAGCACCACCAGCACCAGCACCAGCACCAGCACCAACACGUCCAUUAGUGCCACGAGUCUCGUUUAAAUCAGAAAAAGGCGAUCCAUCGCAGCUUCAACAGCCAAUAACUAACCAGCCAUUUACACGUACUGUUCCUGUAAUGUAUCCAAGACCACAUAAUAAGAAGAGAAGUUGCUUUUGCAAAUGCAUUUGCUGGACAAUUAGCCUUAUCAUACUCCUACUUAUCAUUAUUGCAGCAAUUGGUGGCAUUCUUUACCUUGUUUUCAAACCAAAGAUACCUCAGUACUCUGUGGAUAACCUCAGAAUAUCAGACUUAAGGCUCAAUUUUGACAUGAGCUUAUAUGCUAGAUUUAAUGUAAGAAUCACCGCUGUCAAUCCCAACAAGAAAAUUGGUAUCUACUAUGAGAAAGGAAGUCGUUUGAGCGUGUGGUACAAGAAUACACAGCUAUGUCAAGGGUCUAUUCCAAAGUUCUAUCAAGGUCAUCAGAAUAAAACAGUACUCGAUGUGGCCUUAACUGGGCAAUCACAGUAUGGUAAUACAUUGAUGUCUGCAAUUCAAGAGGCAGCACAAACUGGAAGAAUACCAUUAGAUCUUAAGAUUAAAGUUCCAGUUAGUGUUAAACUUGGGAAGCUUAAGUUAAGAAAGGUGAAGAUAUUGGGAGAUUGCUUGCUGAUUGUUGACAGCCUCUCUGCUAAUAGUUUGGUCCGAAUUAAGGCCAGUACUUGUAAGUUUGGAUUGAAGCUCUAA